ACGCCCACACAGCAAGCGAGCAGGAGAGCAAGAGAGCAAGAGAGCGUGCGAGCGAGAGAGAGCGAACGUAAAAGUGUUGGAGAACGAGGCGAAGCAAAAAAGAGGCGCCCGUGUGGCCGCUUUGAGUUGAUGUGACAAUGAAACUGAGCGUCAGCGCGUAUCGGGCGCAUGCAUCCGCACACAAGAAGAUCCUCUCCAGCGGAUAUCAUUCCCAGCUCAAUUACGGCAGCACUGGCGCCGCCGCAGCAUCCUCCUCCUCAUCGUCGGCAGCAGCGGCGGCCACUGCAACGGGCCUAUAUACGAUGGAAACGCAUGAGCAUGGUGGAAAGUUUUCAAAGGAUAUGGCUCGGCUCGAGUGCAACAGCGACACGGACGUCAUCAGCCCAACGGGCACCAGCAGCUCCGGCGGAGGCGGUGGCGGCGGCGGUGGCGUCCCACCGGACACCUCCAGCCACCAUAAGCGGCAUCACAAGAGCGGCAAUAGCUCAACAGCGGCAGCGGCAGCGGCGUUGGCCAAUGAUGAUGACAAUAACAGUGCGGCGCAUUCAUCGGAUAGCAAAAGUCCCAGUCAGCGGAAAUCGCGUAUCGGAGAUGGAGCUUCAGAUCCAGAUUCCGAUUGGACACGGUCAAACCAACGCUGGAUGAAACUGCGCACCACUGUACAGAUAUCAUCGGCCAUACAGAAGAAACCACCGCUCAAGCGCGAAGACUCAUUCCUGAAGCGUUUCUCAACUAGACAGAUACCCGAAACACAGGAAACUGUUGAAGACACGGGUUCAGAAAGUGCCUCUGGUGACGUCGACAAAACAGUUAAACGUAGACGACGCUAUCUGCAGAAACGACGCUCCGUUGUUAAUCCAGAUGAAAAUUUUUACUUCUAUUGGCUAAUGAUGUUAACUAUAUGUGUUCUAUAUAAUCUAUGGACCCUUAUUGUGAGGCAGAGCUUUCCUGAACUGCAGCAAUCUGUGCCUACCUUUUGGCUCAUCUGCGAUUCAAUGACAGAUGUUGUAUUUAUUUUAGAUAUAAUAGUUCAAUUACGCACAGGCUAUCUGGAACAGGGCCUUAUGGUAUAUGAUGAUAAGAAGCUGGCGUGUCAUUAUGUGCACUCGCGUGAGUUCAUCUUUGAUAUGAUAGCGCUGAUUCCACUGGAUCUGCUGCAGUUGAAGAUGGGAACACAGCCGCUAUUGCGUUUUCCGCGCUUUUUUAAAGUAUAUCGAUCUGUGAGAUUUUAUUACAUCGUAGAGAGUAGAACAGUUUGGCCAAAUUUAUGGCGCGUUGUUAAUCUAAUUCAUAUCCUAUUAAUACUGGCGCAUUGGUUCGGUUGUUUCUAUUUUUUACUCUCCGAGGCGGAAGGUUUUCAGGGCGAUUGGGUCUAUCCGUAUAGACCGGGAGACUAUGCGACGUUGACGCGCAAAUAUCUGGGCAGCUUGUACUGGUCAACGUUGACGCUGACCACGAUUGGAGAUCUGCCCACGCCAGAGACGAAUGCAGAACCGAACUUUUCGGUGGACGGCCCCAGAUCAAUACCACGACGUGGCAUCAAAUCACGACUGCUACAGUUUGGCUCUAGUUAUGGGUAUUAUUUUACAAUCGUCAGCUAUUUAAUUGGUUUUAUCUUCGCAACAAUUGUGGGCCAAGUGGGAAAUGUGAUAACCAAUCGUAAUGCAAAUCGUCUGGAGUUCGAGCGUUUACUUGAUGGCGCCAAGACCUAUAUGAGACAUCAUAAGGUGCCCGGGGGUAUGAAGCGUCGGGUGCUGCGAUGGUACGACUAUAGUUGGUCUCGGGGUCGCAUACAGGGUGGCGGUGAUAUCAACACUGCAUUGGGCCUGCUGCCCGAUAAACUGAAAACCGAAUUGGCCUUACAUGUUAACCUAAGUGUACUGAAAAAGGUGACCAUAUUCCAAGAGUGCCAGCCGGAGUUUCUGCACGAUUUGGUGCUGAAAAUGAAGGCAUACAUCUUUACGCCGGGCGACUCGAUAUGCCGCAAGGGUGAAGUUGCCCGCGAGAUGUUUAUCAUUGCCGAUGGUAUACUGGAGGUGCUCAGCGAGACGGGCAAGGUGCUGACUACCAUGAAGGCUGGUGAUUUCUUCGGAGAGAUCGGCAUAUUGAAUCUGGAUGGCCUCAACAAACGUACUGCAGAUGUCCGCUCAGUGGGCUACUCCGAGCUGUUUUCGCUGUCGCGCGAGGAUGUGCUGGCCGCCAUGAAGGACUACCCGGAUGCUCAGGAGAUCCUGCAGACACUGGGACGCAAGCGACUCAUGGAGGUGCGGUGUGUGAACAAGAAGUACGCCAAGGCGCAGCUGGACAAGGAGAAUGCAGCCUACGCAGCAGCGCAUCCACAUCAUCCGCAUCCUCAUACGCAUCCGCAUCCGCAUGUGCAUGGACAGCAUCACCAUCAAGUGCAUCAAAGCGACAGCAGCGAGAACAGUGCCUCCAAAAAGAUCGUGGACAAGCUGAAGCACGAUGUCAAGGGCUUCCGCAAUGUGCUCAAAAAGUCCAGGACUUGCCGCAAGAGUGAUGAAUCGAUGGAAAUGCAACCGCUGCAUAUUACCUCACCCCGCAACAGUAAGAUCAUGCUGAAACGCAUGUCCCGCGUGCGAUCCGAUGAGAAGGAUGCGGAAAGUGCCGAUGCCAAGGAUGAGCUGCAUGAUAAGACUCCCAGUCCCAUUGGUGCUGGUCUGCCCCUCCUGCAGCGUCUGCGUCUGCUCAAAGAGAAGCAGGAAUCGAUACAGGAAGAGCCCGAACGCGAGUUCAACGAAGGCUUUCCGAUCCAGAGAUUGCAACAGUUGAAAAUUAAAAACGAGCCCCAAACGAACGCCUCUAGUGAAACCUGUAGCGUCGUCAUGGUCAACACGCCGCCGAAUAUCAGCAGCAAGGUGGACUUUGGAGUAAGUGGAGCAGCAGCAGCUGUCGCUGGCAUGGCAGGAGGAUCGGGUGCAGGCACAGCUGGAACUGGACAGUCACUGACAGUAGCCCAAGUCAAGCCCAUGAUGAAGGUCUCCUUCAAGCAAAGGAUUCAGCAGUUGCAAGGUGUGGGCAGCGGGAUCAGCAGCAUCACUGGCACCAGUGGAGCACUACUGAACACGGGAGCAAUAGCCAAAAAGGAGCCACCCAAGUCAUUAGCUGUGGUGGCCAAACAUGCAACCGCUGAAACGCUGCCGGAGACUGUGGCUGGUUCAUUGUCAAUUGGUGGCUUGCCCACCAUAUCUACCAUAUCGAAGAAGGUGAUCAAACCGUCCCACAAGCUGAGCACACCAAUGCAAUCCGACACGGAUACGGAUGGCACGCCCAUUAAGCCCUGGUCCAAGCUGAAGCUGGCAACCCUCAUGUCCUCCAGCUACACGAGUCUGACCAACUGCUCGCCCGAUACGGAUCUGGACACGCCGCUCAAGAACUACUCGCUGAGCAAUAUUCCCCAGCUUAUGGACGCCGGCACGGGUAUGAGCGGACGAGCAAGGCAUCACAGUGCGCGUAGCUCAAGAUCGCCACGUCACAGUCAUGGACACGGGCACGGGCAUGCCUCCAGCUCGAGCACGUGUUCAUCGAGCACGCGGAGCACAUUGAGCACGACACGGGAGUGCCUACGCCUGCAGAAGCCGGAACAGAAGCUGCCCGAGGGCGCAGACAUGGCCAAUGGUGGAGGACGCAAGUUCUAUCAGAGUGUCUUCGAUCUGUCGCCGGAGUAUUGCGGCCUGCCAUUUGUGAAGCGUCUCAAGAUCCUCAAUGAGCGACAGAAGCUGGCCGAAUUGGAGAAGGCGCUUCAGACGCGCAGCUUCAGCUUGGACUGCUCCAAAUCGACGAGCAACAACAACGACGUGCCCAUUCCGGAAUCGUUAUAUCGCUGCUACAGUGACACCUCCGGCAUCUACUCCCAGUUUCUGAGCACCUACGAGUCCACCACCAGCUCAACAUCCAUUUCGACCAAUACAUCCGCAUCGGCAUCCGCGUCCGCAUCGGCAUCCGCAUCCGCAUCGGAUAGCAAUUGCAACAAGCAGCAUGGACAACAGAUGCAACAAUUGGAGUACAUGCCACUCAGUCCCGAAUCGAAUGAAACGGUUGAGCGACGCAGGCUCAAGAGCAUUCUCAAGAAGCUCCACAAAGGAGCAGGCGAUGCGAAUACGGAUGGUGAUCGUGAUCGUGAUGCUGAUCGUGAUCGUGAUGGUGCCCAAGAUGAGGCAAAGGUCAGCGCGUUAACGCGGGUGCUGCUCACGGAGCCGACCUUGGAAGGCCCGCCCGCCAGUGCCAAAGAGGAAGGUCACUACGCUACCCUCGGCGGUGGUGGCGGUCGCGGCAACCUCACAAACCUCGCCCAAAACAACAACAACAAGCUCGCGAUCGUGCACGGUAACGGUAACGGUGACGCUUACGGUAAUGUUAGCGCUAAUAGUAACGGUAACGGUAACGGUAGCGGUAUAGAUAAUACGCCAACGGGAACGGUAUUGGAAACGGGAACUGGCAUACGACAGGCAUCGGAUACGUCGGUCUGGUCGCCGACGUUGGCCUUGGUAACGCCAACGAAUUCGCCGCAAGAGAGUUUCGCCUUUGAGCCACAACUGGGCGGCGUCAUCGCUGGCGUUGGCAGCGCUGCAACGUCAUCGGCAUUGGCAACGUCAUCGGCAUCGUCAUCGGCAUCAUAUAUGGUCGAGUGCUCCUCAAUGUCCUCGUCAAAUAAGAUACUCCAGAAUACCGAAUUUCAUGCACAAUCCACAACAUCCACAGAUUUGAAUUUGAAUUUGCAGCUCCGACAAAACACGACGAAUUCUUUGAGUGGCGGUGAGGGUCAAUUGCCGAAACUGGAAGGAUUUCCAGAGGCGCAGGAUUACUUCAAUCAGAUUCUGAAUGGUAUCAAUCAGGUGAUCAAGACGCACAUGAACGAGAUGCACUCCAAGUUCGAGACCCAAUUCUCCAGCAUGGCCGGUGAGGUGCGUCGCCGGGAUGCGAUCAUUGCCCAGUUGCAGCUCAAACUUCGCACCAUCGAACAGAAGUCAACGGUGGCGUCCACAACGCGGAGACUGAAGCGCGAGAAGCUCUCACAGAUAUCCGUGGACGAUGACGAGCCUGGCGAGCAGGACAAUAGCAGCUCGGGAUCCUCGGCCGAGUUGCUCUUUAUGCGUGGUGACUCGCUUGACACUGUGUUCACAUCGUCGCCGCCCAUUCAGGGUGGGCGACGCAGCAUAUCGCCCGGUCCCAGCAGACAUCAUGCCGCCUCCGCCAAUGCAUUGAACUGUCCGAGCAGCUACUACAGCGGACCGGGCACACUGACCACCCGGCAUGCCCAGAGUCAUCCCAGCUUCUAUGCCGCCCACGGCAAUGGGCGGUACAGCAGUCGAGGAGCCAUGAUGUCGGGCUAUCGCGAUUGGGAUGAGCGUCACAUAUCCAGCAGCAUGGCAGCUGGAGCUGCAGGCGUUGGCGAAGCUAGUGGCAAUGGAAGUGGCAGUGGCAGUGGCAGUGGCAUGAUGGUCUCCGAUGUGACGGGUAAUUUGACCAGAUUGUCGGAUAGCGUCAUACUGGACAUUGGUGAGAGCUCCAGCUCGAGCUCAUCGUCCAGCAAAAUGAACAUUGCCGGCGACGACGACGAUGAUGACGAGGCGGAAGAAGAGCUGAGCGGAGCAGCACUUGUCACCACAACCAGCACCGCAUCCGGCUCGGCUGGCCACAACGACUGGGAGGUGCAAAUGCUGGCGGCCGAGAUGGAGCGACAGGAGCGGCAGGAGCGUAAACGCGGCCACUCCCUCUCCGACAACCUGGGCGAGCUGAGGCACUGCAGCACAUUCCUGCGACGACGUCGAAAGUUCAGCGACACCGAAACGGAGUACAGUGAAACCGAUGCGGAGGAGCGCCUGGCUGCGUCUACAAUUCCAACUGAAGUUGUCAGCAGCCGCAGCACUGCCGACGUCACAGAUGUCACUUUGGCGGCACAAAGUGGCAGCGGCAGCGGCAGAGGCAGCACCCGACCACGUGCCUCGAGUCUGGAUCAGUUCAACCUGCGCUAUGGCAUCGGACGUGGCAUCUUCAAAGCAAUGAGCAUCGAUCGUGAUAAAGACAAACUUUGAGAACUAUAAUCGACAUAACUACAA